AUAACUUUGCAUUAUGGACAUCAUACUGAAACUUCUGUCGCCUACUUAUUACGAAAAUAUUUAUUUAUUUGACAAUAUUUCUUUUUAUUUGCAUAUGUCCUACGUUUGAUUUACAUUCACCCUUUUCUUCGGAUCCAAUACCGGAAGUUUACUAGUACACGUCAGGUUUUCGAAGUGAGUGGAAUGGUGUUUCGAAGUGUGUGGAGUGGUUUGUAUCGUGGUUACCAGCGAAGUUGUUAGUUUCUUGACAAAAAUGGUGUUUGUGUCGUAGUUACCUGUGAAGUUGUUAGUUUCUUGACAAAAAUGGUUUUUCGUGAGGACAUACUUACAAACUUAAAAUGAAGGCUAAUGUCUGUUGCUUAUAUUGGGCACUUCUUUUCGUAUCAUUUACAUCAAGCUGUCUGCUUUUUAUAUUGGUUGCUACAGAAAGUGGUGUGAUUGAUUCUGCAGUUAGAACUCUAGACUACAAUGAUACAGUUGAUACUGCAGUUUUAUUAAAGAACUCUGAGAGGCUAGAAAGCCAUGACAAACAACAUGAACAGACCGUUGGUUUAAAUAAGAAUGAGGAGGAUCAAAGUCAAGAAGAGUUGGGACGGAGUCAUCAGAAACAAGAAAAUAUGGCAGAAAUUCAUUCUAGUUUUGAAGAGGUGAUGUCAUCAAGUUAUGUUGAGAGCCCACAAUAUAGUGAUGGUGAUGCUGUAGAGUAUGUUAUUCCACCAGAAGCAGUAUCAGAUGUCACCACUGAGUUAUCUGAAACUGGACAAGGUGUGAUCUUCACCGUUGUGGAUACUGCCGCAGCGGAAUUUCAAGAUCAUGUUUCGUCUCCAUCACAUCACCAUACAAAAGGUCUCCUGAGGGGAAUCAGGAAUGAUAAUCUGACCGUGGAUGCUUCACCUGGUGAAACACAAAUAGUAAGACCACCAAUAUCCGAUGAAGACGAAUCACUUACAAAUAGUGAAGAGACUUCAAAGAAUCUUUCUAUUUUAGAAGACACUGUUGAUGAUAAAAUCUUUAAAGAGAAGGGUCAACAAUAUAUAGUUCGUGCUGAACCAAAAGUAAUAGAAAUGAAGUUGCAAGUUCACACGGAGAAACCAGAAAGUAUGUUGGAGGAAAUUGAUUCUGCUAAUAUUCCUGAAACUGCAGCAGUCAUAAAUGACAGUGCGAAGAAUGUAGUGGAUGCGAAAGAAGGUGACUUAAAAUUAUCCCCUACUGAAGACUCUGAACAAACCCCAGCACCAGAUGAUAUCCCAUCAUUUAGUGAAUGGGCACAGAAACAACUGGCAGAAGCUGAAAAGAAAAAGAUUCAGAAUUCCACAACUCCACCUGCAGGAAGCCAAAGUCGUGCCAGUGGAAAUCUAAAAGUGCGAUCGAAGAACUAUGCUUCCCCAGAUUGUGGAGCGAAGAUUGUUGGAACUAACCCUGAGGCUAUGUAUGCUGGGUCUAUAAUCUCACCAUCUCGUGACGAAUAUGUCCUCAAUGCGUGCACUAAUCGUUUUUGGUUUGUUGUAGAACUAUGUGAGGCCAUUCAGGCUAAAAAGAUUGAUUUGGCCAAUUUUGAACUGUUUUCUUCCUCACCACGUGAUUUCUCUGUGUCACUGAGUGACCGAUUUCCCACUCGUGACUGGAGGAGUGUUGGCCAUUUUACUGCUCAAGAUGAGAGAGACAUACAAAGCUUCAACCUCGAUCCUCAUUUGUUUGGAAAGUUCAUCAAAGUAGAACUACAUUCACACUAUGGAUCAGAGCACUACUGUCCCGUCUCCCUGUUUCGAGUUUAUGGUACUAGUGAAUUUGAAGUUUUGGAGACUGAAGUUGAAGUUCAUGAGUCACUUCCUAACAUGGCUGACGACGAUGAUGAUGACGAUGAAGAACCGUUAGAUGUUGAUACAGGAGAACUUCCAAAAACUCUGUUUGGUAGUGCGCAAGAUGCAGUUAUGAGUAUAGUUAAAAAAGCAGCUCAGGCUUUGGUGAAAAGUGGUAACUCUCAGAAUGAAACAACUAAUGUGGAAAUAUACAAGUCCCAUAGCAAUGCCUCAGGCAGUAAGAACUGUGUCAGCCCAAGUCAUAUUGUUGUGUGUGACAAUUGCAGUGAUGCCAUGUUCAGUCGGGUAUUUGAACUGCUCAGCUGCCGAGGGACUUACUUACAAUCUUUGAUUGAGACUCCAUUUGUGCGCAGUAGCUUUCAGAGCAGUAAACUUUGUGUAGAAUAUGGCUUGGAUUUCAGUAGUCACCGUACUGGUGCACCUUACCCGUUACGACUUUCGGCAAGUGGAGUUGAUCUCUCAAAAUCAGAUCGAAGUAGAUAUUUAUCAGCUUUAUUACCGUCAGAAUACAUUGCUGCUCUCUGUAACAUAUUAGCUGUUCUUGAGAGGAAAGUUGUGUUUAACAUCAGUUAUGAAGUAAAUGGAACCACUUCCAUAAAUAUUACUAAUAGCUUAGAUGGAAAGUCUCCUAAUGUAGAAUCAGACUUCGGGAACUUGGUCGUUACACACCACUCAACAUGCACAUUAGGGUCAAGUUUAACAUCGGAACAUUGCAGUUCUUCAUCACUGUCAGGUGCUAGUGACACUGUAGGUUUUGCUACAUCACUUCCAUUGGAUUCUGUAGCAGCAGAAACAACAGUUGCAUCUCAGAUAAAACCAACUAGAACGCUUGUUAAAGAACCAGAUAGAAAGGAAGAUUUCCCUUCAGCUGUUACAAUGAAAACCUCCUAUGAUCAAGGAAAGGAAAGCUCAGUGUUUGCAGAGGUAUCAUCUCUUCAAGAACUUCCUGCCGGUGCAUAUUCUACUGUAAGUGUAUCAGUUUAUCCAGGUGAAGAGAAUCGGACAGAUGCAGAAGGAAGUUUGAAGGAGAGGGUAGAGACUCAGGUAAAGACUUCAGCGCAUAACGGUGGAUCUAUAAAGGUGGAGGUGACCGAGGAGCUCCCCACAGUGACUGAAAGUGACCAGCAACAGUCAGGAGGAAAUGAGAAGCAAAGUGAAGUAAUUCUUGAGGAGAAGUACCAGGAAAGUCAAGAAAAUCUCUCACUUGACUCGUUGCUUUCGGAACUGAAAGACCUAGACAUCGGAAUGGACACCAGCGGCAGUUCCUCUGCUAACCCUGCCACUGUUACAGCCACAACAGUGUCUCCACCAAGCCUUUCACAGACACAGCAAGUUCAGAAGGAAUCUGUCUUUGUUCGCCUCUCCAACAGAAUCAAGGCUUUGGAACGUAAUAUGUCUCUAAGUGGACAAUAUUUAGAAGAACUUAGCAGGCGUUAUAAGAAGCAAGUGGAGGAGAUGCAGCGAGCAUUCAACCGGACUCUUGCUGCUGUGGCAGAAGAAAGUCGUAAGGGAGAGGAACGUGAACAGAAACGGGUAGAGGAAAUGGCGGCACUUCAGAAACAGCUAGCAACAUUAACCUUUUCUGUGGAGAUGCUUCUUACAGAGAGAGACAGUUGGCAGCAUAAAGCAGCUGUAAUUAUACAACAUGUGGUCCUCAUAUUAAUCGAAAUGCUAGUAUUUGGAAUUGUUCUGUAUUUCUGCCGACACCUGCCAGAAACAGACGUUGGCAGUGCACAACGUAAGUGGAGUUUUGGGUGGCAUGUUCAAAGGGGGAAAGAGAGUAAAACAGAUCCAAAUCGCCGAAGAUCUGUUCAGGGAGUUAGUGGCCAUGAAGCACCAAAAAGUCAUAAUCGCAGGCCUAGUGAAGAAGCUCUGAACAUUUCUGGUACUUACCGUGACCUUCUCAUUGAGUCCCAUGUUGGUGACACUGGCACCAUACCCAAAAUAGAAAACAAGCGGAGAAGACGAAAAAGAAAAUGUGGACUACAGAAAUCCUCAUCGAGUGCAAAUAUCAGUUCACAAAUUAGUAGAAGAUUUUCUGAAUAUCUGCCUGGUGUACUAGACUGUGGGAAAAGUGAGAGUGAAAGUGUUGCAACGCGACGUGCAAGCUCAUCAGAACUUGGUAAGUGGUGGAAUGUUUCAAAUGGCACAGCAGCAGAGGAGGAUGAUGGUUUAGUGCAUCAGCAUUCUGUGCCUGAUCCUCUAGUCACAAAGCACCAUGGUCUUCACUCUCGUAGUCAACGUCACGAGGUUCUGUCAGUAACGCUAAACGGUUCUUCAUAUGAAUCUUCUGCUUUAGAACCAGAAACUCCACCAGAAAAGCAAACAAUUGAUCUGCCACAGGGAGGUGAUUUGAAAGGAGGUGUGAUGUUUAAGACUAAAGAGAAAUUAUGUGAAAAUGUACCCAUUUUAUGCCAAGGAAAUGGAUCUGUCACAUCUACUGGACCCAGUUCUAAAGUGCAACGUUUGUCAUCACCUAUCUUUAUGAAGACAGCCAUGUCUGCUCGGAGUAAUCGCAUUGGAAACAAUUUAGAACAAAGUCCAAAGGCAAAGUUGAAAUCUGACAAUUGGGAGUGGUACAGUAGUCACUGUGUUGCCUGUAAGUCUAGUCAAGGUCCAUUUUCAACAACUUCAUCUGCAACUACCUUGCAUAAUGGAAGUGAAGAUCCUGUGAAUGGCCAUUUUGAAUCUGAAGACCUGGAUCGGACUAGUGAGUCAGGGGGAACUCAGGAUCUGGGAGGGUCACAAAGGAACAAUGUUAAGAAAAUGCGUGGUGGCAGUGGUCUUAAAAAGAUGGUGAAAAAGUUCUUUUGAAUUGAUGUUUUAUGUUCUGUUGCAGUAAGCAUAUGGCAUGAUUAAGUGUUAUCAUUCCAAUCAUUAUUAAAGCCCUUCUACUCUGCACUCAUGAGGCACAGUGUUCCCCUUCAGUCAUAAUUGGGGGUGUGCGUACUUGCAUGUCCUGUUAUACUGGUUUGUAACUGUAACUGAUAAAGUUAGGAAUGCAUGUAGAUAUAAGAGCUUUCCAAACAACUCAUUCUUAGUAUACUCAGACAUUCAAAUUCUAGACCUCCCUUCAAGUUGUUAUCCAAGAACUGAAAAUAAAUAUAUGUCAGAAUUUUCUAUAACUCGUUUGAAUUCUUACAAAACAUGCAUAUAACAAUGGAUGUGAAACUGUUUAUUUGUAUAGCUGUCAUAUUUUGAAACUGCUUACUGAAGAAACCAGAUUAUUGUGCUUAACUUUCCUGCUUGAAUGACUAUGUGGCAAGUACUUUAAUUCUGUAUUUUCUUCCUUGACCAGAAAAUUGUUUGUGCUGUAAAUUGUCUAACUUCAAAGUUAAUAGCAGUGUUAUAUGUAUAUACAUAUCAUACCUGCAAUAUCGGUGUCAUAAAUUGUAGAAAACUGUGGUCUGGAAAGAUCAUUCCUUUCUUUGUAUUUUAUUUAUUUGGCUUAUACCUCACAAUUAUUAUCAUGUUUUGACUUUUAGUUUUUCCUUCCUUUACAUGCACUCAGGAACAGAAAAAUAACUUUGGAUCACUGUGUGAUAAGCUUCAUUUUGCAGGAAACUCAGAUGAAAAAGCACAGAAUUUUCUUGUUGAGCAAAACAAAAGAUAGAAAUAAUCAUGGUGGAAGAAGCAGUAAAUUGUCAGUAAGCCACGUCAUGUUACCACUAAUUCAGUUUAUACUGUUCUGCUUAUUAUACUUCCAGAAUAUUCAUAAUGUAAAAUCUUUUCACUGAAGAGGAGAGUGAGGUUAGAGACCAGUGUUGGAUGAAGUUUGUAUUAUUGUUGCUCUUUGUCAGUUUUAAUAAAUCCAAUUCUUUUUUAACUUAUUGCUUCAUUGUUUUUACAGUGUCAUUUACUUCUGAAAUCAAAUAAGAACAUUUUGGGAAGAUAUGCUAUUCAUGAAAUGGUAUAUUUGUAAAUACAGCUAUUAGCUAGACCCUGCAAUAAAAGUAAUGGCUAUAUUGAAUCAUUCCCAGAAUUACUGAUCUUAGUAACAGAUUUUGUAAUAUUUGGUAAAUUAUUUAUGUAAAUGUAUAGUGUAUAUCAUCUGAAGCUUUGAAUGCGUAAUGUCUGAAUAUUGUAACGUAUGGCAUA